AUGAAAGUGGCUGAUGCGGUUCUGCCGUCAGGAGAGUGGGACUGGAACAAACUAGCGCCGCUUCUACCUGAUGAGGUAAUUGAGGAAGUUAGAGCGAUACCACCUCCGGCCGGUGAUCAGGGACCGGAUAGGCCGGUAUGGAUGUUUACAAAAUCGGAAGGGCUAUUGACUUUAGCCUGGGAGAACUUUCAUCCGACUUUCUUUCACCCUGCUAGUGAAGUGUCAAAAUGCCGGGGGAAAUGCUAUCGAAGAUUCUCGAUACUCUCAAUCUACUGUGGGACUCCUUUCCCUUUCUGUCAGGGGCCUUUUAACAAUUUCUCUCUAAAGUUCCCCAAAAGCCCUAAGCCUAGAGCUGGGCAUGCCUUCCUUAGACUUCGGAAAGAUAAGGCGCUAACGAGUCAUACAGGUCUCGACUUUUUCGCUAUGAUCUUCCCAGUAGUUCAUAUAGGAGCUAUAGCCGUUUCAUUCCUAUUCGUUGUUAUGAUGUUCAAUAUUCAAAUAGCGGAGAUUCACGAAGAAGUAUUGCGCUAUUUACCAGUGAGUGGUGUAUUGUCAUUCAAGUUCUAUAGAUGGUGUCUGUCUCACUAUCUGUUUGAGUGCCUGAAGGCCCCUGGAGGCGCCGCUCUUGUGUCAGAAGAAGGCCUUGGAGGUCAGGCCAGCGGUGACAAAAGAUUCGUACUCAGCUCCAAGCCCGGUCAACACGUGAAGGACAAGAUCCUGUUCAGAGACGGGCACACCGAUCGAGGGAAGUUGAUCUGCGAUACUCUUCAUUUUCUUCAUAAACUCCUGACACGAAGAGGAGCCUUUCUUGAGAGUCUGGAGUUGAAGGCGAAGAUCAAGAACACGAGAUGCAGAGGCGCGCUGCGAAUCUGCAGUGGUGGUACAGUCGACAACUUGAGCAAUAAUGGCAGGCUCAAGAGUCGAGAGAAUCCAGCCGAGGUCAAUUACAUUGAUCCUGGUGCAUCCAAGUGGUAUACGCUGGAUUUAUCUCAGUGGUGGCGACACCGAGGUUAUCAGAAGAGGUUACUGUUGGAGAUGGUGGAGGAGUAG